CAGCACUACUCAGAAAAAGAGUCCAACUCACAUAGACAAUCGCACAACACGAAGACAUGGCGGAUUCCAAUAGUGGAACAAUCACCAUCUUCAUCGACUGCGUAUCGCCGUACUCAUGGUUCGGGUUCAUAAAUAUAAAGAACUUCCGCCCUCUCCUUACAGCUCAUGGGAUCGAGGUCUUCAUUGAGCCGUUCUUCCUUGGAGGCGCUCGCGACGGUGUUGGCAACCCUUUCACGCCACCAGUACCUGCCAAGGCUACUUUCGGGGAACAGGAUCUAGAACUGACCUCCGAACUCCUGGGUCUGAAGGUCAUACGACCUGAGGUGUUUCCUAUCUCGUCGCUGUUUCCCGUUCGACUGGCGAGAUAUGUCAAAGACCACUAUUCCGCAAAAAAGUUCGAGGAAACCUUCCUUGGCUUGGUGUCAGGCUAUUGGGGCCGGAAUAUCAACAUUUCUACACCAGAAGGAGUUCUAAAAGCUCUAGAAGUCGUGUUCCCAGCGCAUGAACUAGAGGAGAUUAUAAAGAAAGCGCUCUCGGCUGAGAACAAAAAGCGAGUCGUAGAUACCACAAUGAGUGUAGGCGCAUUUGGUGCACCGUGGAUUAUAGCCGUCAACAGAAACGGGGAGAGAAGAGAUUGGUUCGGCAACGACCGUUGGAACCAGGUGUUCCAUCAUCUGAAGGUACCAUAUACUCCUGUAACGAUACUCCCACCUAGCCAGGCGAAGUCACAUUUGUAAUGUCCGAUUUUCAUAAAUCCUUUAAAGACACGCUUUUUCGACGCAACCUUCAUCGUCCUCGG